UGGACUAAAAGGAUCUCAUAACUUCUUUUUCAACACUCUGCUCCAGAGAAAGAUCAUGUGUCUUAUGAAGAUUAUCAAAUUCUGGAUUCUCAUUGUCACCUUUUGCAAAACCUAUCGUGGCCACACUGUGGGCCUUCAUCAGAAACCAGCUCUUGUCUCUGCUGUGCUUGGUGAAGCCGUUACGCUUAACUGCACUUUUGAAAAGCACAUGAGUGGAGAGCGAAUGCUCUGGUAUAAGCAAAAAUCUGGACGGACAUUUCAAGCGGUUGGAUUAAAAUUCUCACACACACAUACCAUAAUUCUUCCUGAGUUCAACAAAUCAGGAAUCAAAGUGGAAACAACUGAGACCAGCAUUUUACUCCAUAUUCCAAAUGUUUCUAAAGAAGAUGAAGGCAUGUACUUCUGUGGAAUUUAUCUAGUGGAUAUAAUGAAGUUUUCCACUGGGACCUUCUUGGUUGUGAGAGGCAAUCCAGGACUAACCAUAUCAGUGGUCCAAAGUCCAGUGUUGGGGAGGGUUUCCCCAGGAGAGUCAGUGUCUCUGCAGUGCACCGUCCUCUCUGAGAGGAGAACAGCAGAACUCCAAGUGCUCUGGUUCAGAGCUGCUGCAGGAGACACCCAUCCUGAAAUAAUUUACACUCAUCACAACAGCAGCUAUCAGUGUGAGAUCAGCUCUUCUCCACACAGCUGUGUGUACAACCUCUCCAAGAGUCUCCUCAGCCUCUCUGAUACUGGCACUUACUACUGCGCUGUGGCCACCUGUGGCAAGAUCCUUUUUGGAAAUGGGACUACAAUAGAUUUGCCCAAGACUGUGAGUCCUGCAGUGAUCUGGCUGGGAGCAGCUUUGGGAGCUUGUGUAAUUGUGAUCUUUGCUCAAGCCAUUUUAAUUUGUAAAUGGAGAAGCUCUCGACCCAGCAGUGAGAAAGAAGGAACUGCUACAGUGAGAAAAAUCAGUCAGGUAUAUCUUAUACAUUGUACUUUCGUAUUUUGUAUAAUUUUUGUGGAAAUGUGUGCAAAUGCUCUGGUCUGCUCUCAUCACUUUAAAAGCAUUUUGGUUAUGACUUCAUCACGGUGUUAUGAAAAUGAAGGCCACCAGUCAGUUAAACUGAGCUCUCUGCAACAGCUGCAUGUAUAUACAGCUGUGCGUGACAUAACAUCACCUAAGAGUAGGAAUCAUAAUCACAGUUGUAAUGCAGCAGCAGUCCUGUGUUAUCUUUUAAUUUUGCUUCCACAGGACCAUGAUGCUGUGGAGUUGAAUUAUUCUGCCUUACAUUUCAUUGAUGGCAAAACCAGGCGAAGGCGGGAGAAGAGAGGACAGACUGAACACAACGUGUACUCUGAAGUGUUGUACUCUGCUGCUACAAAUUAAUUUGUGAGGGCUAAGUCAGCUAUUUAAUUUGGUGAGCAUAGUUUAGGAAAAUUCUCUGUUUAGUAUUUUUUAUUAUUGCAAUAAAUCACUAAAUAGUAUUUUUCAGCAUUGCAAUCUCACUGUCAUUUGGAAACCUUUCUAAGGGAGAAUCUUAAUGAUGAGAUAUUCAGUUUUCAUUUUGGAAGAUUCUAAAAAUGGAACUGGUGUCUUUCCAGACUUUCCAUCACCCAGAGUUCUUUUAGGUGUUUUGAAACGUUUGAGAACUAACUGAACAAUGUACAAAUGCAAACAUAUUAAUGACUAAAAAAUAAUAAUUUGAUCAC